UCCCAACCAAUGUCUGACACAGAAGCAUGUCGGAAAUCAAACCGAACACCAAUAGCUUACGCCGACGAGACAACUCGACAAUUGCGCUCGAGAAAUUCUCCCUAGAAGAAACACUCGGCAAAGGCGCAUAUGCCAAAGUCAAACUGGCAAAGUGUCGGGACACAGGAGAGAAGGUUGCGGUAAAAAUCGUUGACAAAAAGCGGUCUCCGAAAGAUUACUUGUCUAAAUUUCUAUGCAGAGAGAUGGAGAUUGCGACUAUCAUUCAACAUAAGAAUAUUAUUGAGGUGUUUGAGAUAUUGGAGACAGACAGUAAGGUGUAUUUUGUGAUGGAGUUGGCUGAGGGUGGAGAUCUGUUGGAUUAUAUUAACAAGAGAGGGUCACUGCAGGAGGUCGAGGCAAGGAGAAUUCUUGGGCAACUAUUGAUGGGUUUGCAGCACUGCCAUGACAAAGGAGUAGUUCAUAGAGAUCUCAAAUGUGAGAACAUUCUUCUUGAUAAAAGCGACAACAUCAAGCUCACCGACUUCGGGUUUGCACGAAAGUACAAGUUUGGUCAAUGCCUGGAGACUUUCUGUGGAUCAUACGCAUACGCCUCACCACAAAUCCUCAACGGAGAACCAUACGAUGGUCCAUCAACAGACAUCUGGAGUGUAGGAAUUAUGUUGUAUGCCAUGGUAAAUGGCAGGCUGCCAUUCAGUGAUUCAAAUGUUCGAACUCUCUUGAGACAGAUACACGGCAGACUGCAGUUCUCAAAGCGUGUUUCACAAGAAUGCAAGCAGCUCAUACGCAAGAUGUUGGCCAUCAGAACGGACGAACGAAUCUCAAUCAAUGAGAUCUUCAAGGACCCGUUCCUGGCCAACGCGCUCAAUCCGACGGCCAUGAGACCGUCCACGUCCGGUCUCUUGUGUGCGACUCCUCACAGCACGGCCGCCUUCAGAGAAACACUGCGAGAGACACAAACGUCUGAAGUAGCACAACAACAAGUAGACCUACUCAGCAACAGGGACUGCAACAGCGAUGUUGUUCACACAAAAGUCUCGGAAAAUUCACCGAAGAUGUCGUCACGACGACCAAUGACUUCGACGCCACGAACCGUCCAACAAGAAUCAACACAAAGGCAAAUUGAGUCAAUGUCAGAGCGUGCAGCGGCCGCUCGGAAACUAUUCGAGCCGAUCAAAUUGCCACCACUCAAAGACUCAGCAAGAAAAACAGUAAGUCAGCCGUCGUCGCAGAGAAGCUGGAACAAUCAGAAAUCGCCUUAUACGUUCAAUGUGUCAAGCCCAAAGCCUGAAGUCAUGGACAAUGCAUCAAGGCCGACGACACCGGUGCCUCCGAAUAUUCAGAUCACGAAUGUUGCCCAACAGACCACGCCCACGCCUCUGGAUUCGUAUGUGCCGCUCGAUGGGACAAAGACAAAGACGGAGAGUCUGUCGAGCGUGUCGAGCGCAGGAAGCAGUAAAAAGAGUGGUGGCCUUUUCAAGAAAAUCAAGGCAACUUUCAAGAAGUCGUAGCCUCGUUACUUAUUUUAGACAAAUAAUACAACUGUUUGUAAUAGAACGUCACAG